CCUUGCCAAGCUGGAGAAGUCCUUUUAUCUAGAAUAUUUCCCAGCUAACGAUCGGGUUGGGUUCUAUAAUCUCUGGAAUUUUCUUCCGUACCUAGAAACUAGAAUCAAGGCCAAUGCCGGGCGACGAUUGUGUUGUGAUUCAGAAUGGGAACAAACCCGACGACCCUCACAUGAUUACCGUCAAUUGUCUGGACAAGCUCGGCCUCGGUUGCGAAACUUGUCGAACCAUCCUCGAUUUCGGCCUCAACAUCAAAAAAGGAGAUGUUUCAACUGAUGGGAGAUGGUGCUAUUUAGUGAUGUGGGUGUUUCCUCAAUCUUCCACGCGUGUUGUGAAAUGGGCCAAAUUGAAGGAGCGCCUUCUGUCACUCUGUCCGCCAUUCUCCAAUUUAGUUUACUUACCAUCCCCAAAAGCUCGCACUGCCUCAACCUACCUCAUGACGCUUUAUUGUCUUCGUCGGAGUGGAUUAUUGCAUGAUGUUACCCAAUUUCUCUGCGAGUGUGAGCUCUCCGUCCAAAGAUUAAAAGUGACGACAACUCCAGAUGAUCGUUUGCUGGAUCUUUUCAUAAUAAAAGAUCACUUGGAGGUCCUAAAUAUAAAAGAGAAACAAGAGGAAUUGUGUGAGCAGUUGCGUGCUGUUCUAGGUGAAUCAUGCAUUAGUUGUGAGCUCAAGCUAGUAGGCCCAGGCCCACCGUAUGAAAACCUUCCGUGUAUCUCUGCUCUCUCCCCUUCAGUCACCAAUGAAUUAUUUAGAUGUGAAUUAUCAGAAAAUGAAACUCACUUACAAGAGCUUAGCCCAGAUGUGAUGAAAUUGAAGGAAUCUACUGUGACAAUAGAUAAUUCCUUGAGCUUUGCUCAUACAUUGAUUCAGAUUAGUUGCGCUGAUUACAAGAGCUUCCUUUAUGACAUUACACGAGCGUUGAAGGACUGCAAUGUUCAGGUAACAUAUGGCCGUUUCUCUGCUGCUAAUAAGGGCCAGCGGGAACUAGAAGUAUUUGUCCAGCACAAAAAUGCGGAAAAAAUUCUGGAUCCUGAGAAACAAGCUUCAAUAUGUUCCUGCUUGAAAGUGGAAUUGCUUCACCCUUUACGGGUGGUUAUCUCAAAUCGUGGGCCGGAUACUGAACUUCUGGUAGCCAAUCCAUUGGAGCUAUCAGGAAUGGGAAGACCACGUGUUUUCUAUGACGUUACAUUUGCCCUAAAGACCCUUGGGAUCUGCAUCUUUUCGGCGGAAAUCGGAACGCACUCAACAGUAGAUCGUGAAUGGGAGGUCUACAGAUUCCUCUUAGACGAGAAUUGCAACUUUGACUUGUCGACAAUGGAGGGUAAAAAUCAUAUAGUAGAUAGGGUCAGGAGAACAUUGAUGGGCUGGUGAGGUUUUCCUUUUGUUCAAGUUAUACACUAAGCAACAACCCCCACCCACAAGUUUGCACUCCCAAGCAUUUGUACAGUGCAUCAAAGUUUCUUCACGGCUUUGGUUGCAUUUAGUUUAAUUUUUCAUUUUUCAUCA